AUGCCUUCUAAGGUCUCCUGCCUCUACCUCCUCACAGUGGUUUGCUGGGCCAGUGCUCUAUGGUACCUGAGUGUGUCCCGAUCGUCCAGCUCCUAUGUGGGACAGGUGACCAUGCCUGUCCGCAAAACGCCCAAAGCCAACAAGAACACUACCUUCUCCAACAUCCGGACUCGCUCCCUCAACCCCCACGACUUUGGGUACCUCAUCAACGAGGAGAAGAAGUGUGACAAUGACACACCUUUUCUGAUCAUACUCAUCAGCACCACCCACAAGGAGUUUGAUGCGCGGCAGGCCAUAAGGGAGACCUGGGGCGACGAGAGCGCCUUCACUGACGUCAGAGUGGUCACCCUGUUCUUACUAGGCCGCAGUACUGACACUGUCCUCAACCAAAUGGUUGAGCAAGAGAGUCAGAUCUUCCAUGACAUUGUGGUAGAGGACUUUAUUGACUCAUAUCACAAUCUGACUCUCAAAACGCUGAUGGGGAUGCGCUGGGUGGCCACCUUCUGCUCCAAGGCUCAGUAUGUCCUGAAAACAGACAGUGAUAUCUUUGUCAACAUGGAGAAUUUGAUCUACAGCCUCCUGAAGCCUAGUACCAAACCCAGGAGGAGGUACUUCACGGGCUACGUCAUCAACGGUGGACCAAUCAGAGACAUGCGCAGUAAGUGGUACAUGCCCCGGGACCUGUACCCAGAGAGCAAGUACCCCCCAUUCUGCUCGGGCACAGGCUACGUGUUCUCCGCCGAUGUGGCUGAGCUUAUCUACAAGACGUCACUCCACACCAGACUGCUGCACCUGGAGGACGUCUAUGUGGGAGUGUGUCUGCGCAAACUGGGAAUACACCCUUUUCAGAACAGUGGCUUCAACCACUGGAAGAUGGCCUACAGCCUCUGCCGCUACCGCAGAGUGGUCACUGUGCAUCAGAUCUCCCCUGAGGAGAUGCAUCGAAUCUGGAAUGACAUGACCAGCAAAAAGCACCUCAAAUGUUAG